CCCACAUCCACUGGACACAUUCGUAAUGUACUCUGCUCAUGUUGACAGUUGAACCGUUGAGAGCAACCAGGUUCGAGGAAGUCUUUGCGCUUUUGGACUUCUUCUCGCGUCCGGACAUCGCGCGAAAAUCGUCGUCGUUUUUUAGACGUUUCUUGUGUACUGUGAUAUGCUCCUCGGAACGAUGCCACACGAGAGUGCGGGCAGUUUGCUUGUGCCGACGGUGAAGGCGCGGGCUACCGAUUUUUCAAUAGCCGCGAUCAUGGCCACCAGGUCUUCCAGCCCAGAACCUUGUAUGAACAUCGGAACACCAGAAGGAAUCGAAUCAAGACUAAGUUCACCCGCUUCCGAUGGCGUUCUCGAAGAUGACGACGUCGAAGUGGAUGUCGAAGAAUGUUCCGAUGGCGAAAACUCAACACGAAAUGUUAAAGUCAAAGAACGACGUUCUCCGGUUUCCGAUUGCGGAUCGGAUGCGGCGGAAAACGAUCGAGAUUCACCGGAUGUAAUCUGUACUGAAAAAACUUCAAGGAAAACACCAAAAAUUCAUUGCAAUUGCGAGGAAUUAUUGGCAGUAGAUUGUCAUUUAGAAACUAAGGACUUAUGGGAUAAAUUCCACGAUUUAGGAACUGAGAUGAUUAUCACUAAAACUGGACGAAGGAUGUUCCCGACUCUACGAGUGUCGUUUACUGGAAUCCGACCGGAACAGAGGUAUGCCGUUCUUAUGGACAUCGUCCCAGUCGAUAACAAGAGGUAUAGAUACGCCUAUCAUCGGUCUUCCUGGUUGGUCGCAGGGAAAGCUGAUCCACCCGCCCCUUCCAGGAUGUAUGCCCACCCCGAUUCACCUUUUUCCGGUGAACAUUUCCGGAAACAAAUAGUUUCAUUUGAAAAAGUUAAAUUGACUAAUAAUGAAAUGGAUAAAAAUGGACAGAUUGUGUUAAACUCUAUGCAUCGAUAUCAACCUCGAAUACACAUCGUAAAAUGGCGAGAACAUUCCGGUCCAAUAACUGACUUGGAACAAGAACAAUACAGGACGUUCAUCUUUCCCGAGACCGUCUUCACAGCCGUAACGGCCUACCAGAAUCAGCUGAUAACCAAGUUGAAGAUAGAUUCGAAUCCUUUCGCUAAGGGUUUUCGUGAUUCGUCGAGGUUGACCGACUUUGAUAGGGAACCCAUGGAUGGUUUGUUCAUGGAUCAUUUUUCGAGGUCAUCGCUUCAUAGACUUUACCCGGACGGAAUCGAUCCAGAAAAUAAUAACGGCUCAGUCUUUUCUUCUGCGAUGAUGGAAAAGGCUAGAGCUCACCUACAAAUGUGGAGUAGAGCUUGUGGGAAUCCUUAUACUCCGAUUGAUUCUCAAAUAAAUGCUUUGUUCUUGGGAGGACAAUCGCCUCAACAAAUGUAUAUGAGUCAAAGGGCGCCCGGAGUUUUGCCCGCUCAUCUUUUCAAUCAAUCCUGGCCGUUAAACGGAAGUUUACCGCCGGGAUUUGCUCUUCCCGUUUCCCAGAGACCACAAAUCACUCCACCUCCAAGUUCCACGCCUAGUUCCUCAGGUUCCCCAAGUCCUACGUCCGUAAGUACCUCCGCUGACCUUCGACUCCCCUCCGUUUACCAAUCUUCGAUAAGGUACAGUCCUUACAUGCCAAUGGCCAGACAAAGCAGCUCUUCAGUGAGUCCCGUGUCAAGGCACCAAUGAUAGAUGACUUCGUUUCAACUUUAAUGUAGAGGACGCGUCCUUACCAACUCGUAACCAAAGAAGCUUAACCCUUUUUAAUUUAUACUACUUAUACAUAAUGUAAAUAGGGAAGAAAAAAAAAUUACGUAAUUUAUUGACCGAGUAAUUAUUUAGGCAUAUUAUAUGCAUGAAGUGGUAUAUUUUCUACCGAUGCGAGUAUUUAGAUAUGCGACAGUAUUACAGAAAAAAAAAUGUACAUAGUAUAAUAUACAGGAGGUCUUAUUUGUCUAAUCGUUUUCUCGAUUAUUGUUCCUUUUUCUUAUUAUUAUUAAUUUAUGUCCGAGAGUUUCGUUCCGAUCUGUGGUUAUUACGAGGACCUUAUUAUUAUUUUUUUUUGAUUGCUUUCGAGGAGUACAAAGAGCCGUGUGUAUUUAUCGUCGGGGGUUCUCGUUUAUUUCUGUGAAAUGUAUAGUUGCGAGAUAAUAUUGUUGUGUAUAUAGUGUAUUAUUACUAUGUGGAAUAUAAAAUAAAAUAAUUAUUAUCAAUACAAAUUA